AUGUUUAAUGUGAAGAUUGAGAACGAAUCGAGAUGUUACGACGAAUUGGGUUGUUUAAAUAUCACCAGAAGUUGGUAUCACCUCAUUAUAAGACCUUUCAAUGUUUUUCCUUUGCCAAGAGAAGUCAUCAAUACCGGUUUUAUACUCUACACACGUCUCAAUCCGAAUGAUGGGCUGCUAUUACGGACGAAAGAUAAAAGUAUCGAGAUGUCUAAAUUUGAUGCCAAAAAGAAAACUAAAUUUAUCAUCCACGGAUUUAUCGAUACUCCACUAUCAAAUUGGGUUGGAGAUAUGAAAGAUGAACUUCUUAAAGGUGAAGAUAUGAACGUAAUCAUUGUCGAUUGGGCUGGGGGAAGUUUACCUCUUUACACCCAAGCAACGGCUAACACAAGACUUGUUGGAUUAGAAUUAGGAUAUUUUAUAAAUUAUUUAGUGAAAAAUUAUGGAGUUAAUGCGGCAGACGUUCAUAUUAUUGGACAUUCAUUGGGGGCUCAUACAGCGGGAUAUGCAGCUUCCAUGGUGAAAGGACUCGGAAGAAUAACGGGGUUAGAUCCAGCGGAACCUUACUUUCAAGGAAUGCCAGCUCAUGUUCGUUUAGAUCCAAGCGAUGCAGAAUUCGUUGAUGUUAUCCAUACGGAUGGAAAAGGAAUCUUUUUCCUGGGAUAUGGAAUGUCUCAACCAUGUGGUCAUUUAGAUUUCUAUCCCAAUAAUGGUAAAGAACAACCGGGAUGUGACAUAACUCAAAGUCCUUUAGUUCCACUUACAUUAAUCAGAGACGGUCUUGAGGAAGCGUCUAGAGUUCUCGUCGCUUGUAACCAUGUCAGAGCGAUUAAGUUAUUCAUUGAUAGCAUAAACGGACAAUGUCCGUAUAUAGCACAUUUAUGUAAAAGUUAUGAAGAUUUCACAUCUGGAAAAUGUUUCGGUUGUAAACAAGGUUCGGGAUCUUGCGCUUUAAUGGGAUAUCAUUCCGAUACUAGUCCCGGAUUGGAAAAUGAAGUAUCCACCCAACUUCAAGGAAACAUUGGAAAUAAAUUCUUUACAAUGACGGGAAGAGAAUUUCCGUUUUGCCAUCGUUUGUACAGAAUAAGUCUUGAAUUAGCAAAACCCGCAAUUGCAGAAACUUGGGUGCAAGGUUUUCUAAAAGCAUCGAUUCACAGUUCAGCCGGUGUUAUUGUCUUAGAUCUAACUCCAACAGGUGAUAUGAAACUUGAGCAUGGUUCCACUUAUUCUAUGGUGUUAUCGCAUCACGCAGAUCUUGGUGGAAAUAUUAAAAAAGUUGAAUUAAAUUGGGAAUAUGAUAUGAAUGUAUUAGAACCGAGAACUUUAUGUUUAUUUUGGUGUAAUGAUCAUUUGUACGUCCGAACGAUUGCUGUUGACGAAUUAGGUCUUCCAGGAAGAGGAAAAAGGGACGCCCAAUUUUCGAGUAAACUUUGUGCAAGAAAUAAAAGAGAAUACGCUGAUAUAUCAAAUAGGGGAAAAGGCGUUUUUAUGGAUGUUUGCCAUUUUAAUAAUCAAAGUCCAGAUAAGUUAAGUUAGCAUUGAGACAAACUUAAAGAUGGAGGAAGUUCUUUAUUUUUUUUUAAUGUUUUUAGCAUUUUUAUUUAUAAUGCCAGUGAUAAGAUUUUUUUUUGUUUUUCGACGAUACAACAAAAAAGAAAACUGUGUUAAAUAAUUUAAUGUUAUGUUAUCGUCCCUUAUUUUCCUGUUAGCAACCUUAUGUGAUAUAAUGUAUAUUUUUUUUAUUAGGUUAUAAGCAAACUUUGUGUAAAUAACAUAAAUUACGAAAUAAAAAUAAUUUUGC